AUGAGUAGGAGCAAUCAUGAAAGCUUGCGAAAGACAAAGGAGGUACCAAAACUAAUAAGUAUUUCAAUGACACCAAAGAUGAUCAAGUUCAUGAUAUCCAAAAAGUUUUCUUCACUCUUGUUAGUGAUUUGUUUGGGUUUGAAUUUGGCUUUUUGGACUUUAUUUGUGAUUUUGGUAAGAACAGAAACAAUGUUACCCAUAACAUACACCUUUAUUGUGUCAAUUUCAUACACAGCAUUUAUAUUAUGUUGUGGACUAUUUAUUACGGGCGUCUGCGUGAGUGAUUUCCUAUAUUCAUUUAUUUUCUCGUCACGAAAGCAACAAACAGAUCAAGAAGGUACACAAGUGAUGUCCAUUGCGACCCAACACACGGAUGAAAAGCCUAAAGAUAAGAAUGGUGAGGUAGUGAAAAAGGUGACACAAUGGCUUCAAGUGAAACCUCUUCGAGAUUGGUUUGCAACAUUGGAUGCUCCUCUCUAUUUCCGAGUGGAAAUGAUUUUAUUUGUGUUGUGUUACGUCUUUUUAAUUUGCAACCAACUGACAGGUCUUUAUACCUUAAUGAACAAGGAAAGUUCCUCACAACAAGUCAUGGUCUUAGAUGUGAUAUCAUUCGUAUUUGAAAUUUUAUAUGUCGCAAUGUAUAUCAUGGUCUUUGGUGGCUUUGCAUUGCUUGUUUUCCUUGUUAACAAAUUGAAAGCUCUUUCCAAACAAAUGAAGAUAGGUCAAGAGCCACAACAAAAUCAAACGGAAUUUCAAGCCCUCUUGGACAGCAAGGAAGGAAGAGAACUUCUUGAGGAAUUUUGCAAAAAAGAAUUCUCACUGGAGAACAUGUUGUUGUACAAGGAACUAAUGCAUUUUAAAGCUCAACAAUCACUCGCUGCCAUUCAUUCUUUCAUGAGAAACAUUUAUACGAAUUACAUUAAUGCAGGAGCCCCAAUUGAGGUGAAUAUUCCAUCCGAAUGCAGAAAAGAGUUUAUGAGGGUUUUCCAAGAGCUGAAUGCCACUUCACGAGAAUUGAAUGACAUCAAGAAUUCGAAACAGUCUCCAUCUCAAGAAAUCUCCUCAUUUGAACAAUGCAUGAACCAUCUCACUGAAGAAAUUCUAAUGAAUUUAGGAGAUACCUUCUCGAGAUUGGUCGCGACGCCGCAAUACACGCAAUUUCUGUCUGUGAUGAAAAACAAGAAAGACAUGAUGAAACAAGUAAAUCUUUUGUAA